UUUUAAUUACAAAUUGGAAUGAAAUUAUGACUAAAUACAGUGCUAAUGAAGUUAUUGAUUAGCUGGUUUAUUUGUUUACAAGGAAAUGUGGCAACAAGUAUUAUUAUUGAAUCAUAAAGUGGCGAAACGAAAGGCGAAAAGGAGGGAUCUGGUAUCUGGUGGCACCUACACAUUUAUUUUAUUAGUUGCUCCAUGAGUUAGGCCAGGCCAGGCCAAAGACCCCUCUACUUCUUACCUAAUUAUAUUUGAAGUGCCCGACAGAAGCUGAGCUGAUAAAGUAAAUCAUGCCGCUGUUCUGUUUAGUGCGAGCGAUGUAUUUUAAAACUCUCUUUAAGUGCCUUUAAAUGGAACCAGUGCAUUGUGAAUUGUGAAAUAAUCGUUAUAUACCUUAAAAAUCGCCGUGCCUUGCGUAUAAAGACUGUAAACAAUGUUCGGAGUCCCCACUUUUAGCAAGACGCUUCUGUUGUUGAUUGUAUUCAAAGAAAGCCACAAUUUUAACCUAGAAGACAGGGAUCCCUUGGUGAAAAAGGCCCCCGACGACCAGCAGGGCUCCUAUUUCGGUUUCAGCGUCGCUCAACACGGGACAGGCGCCACAAGCAACCACAACAACACUUAUUGGAUUCUAGUCGGGGCUCCUCUAGGAAGGAAUUUACAGCCAGCAACAAACCAUUCCGGUGCCUUAUUCAAGUGCCCCAUUUCCAGAAACGACAACGACUGCGAACAAGUAGAAACCGAUGGUAAACAAACCACAGAUUUUGAUUAUAACAUUGACAAUGGUAACACAGAACAAAUCGAUGAGAGCCAGUUAAAACCGCCCGAUUCCAACGAAAUAAAGAACGGGCAAUGGUUAGGGGUGACCGUGAGGUCCCAGAAACUCGGGGGCAUAGUCCUAGUGUGCGCCCACAGGUACAUCAUGAGCGAGAACUUGAACCGGUUCCACUACGGUCAAGGCCUGUGCUAUUUGCUCGAUAAAGAUUUGAAUACCUACAACAGUUUGUUGUUGUGUAAGGGUAGACGUAUGGAGAAGCUUCAUCAACAGUUUGGUUUCUGUCAGGUUGGUACCAGUGCUUCGUUCGUAGGGGAAGAUUUUGCAUUAAUGGGCUCCCCGGGCCCUUACACCUGGCGAGGGACCAUAUUCGCGCAAAUGGUAACAGGCGACUGGUUAAAACAAGACAAGACCAUCUACCACGGACCGUUCGGAGACAUCGACUUGAUAGAGAAGUACAGUUACCUGGGCAUGAGCGUGGGCGGUGGGCACUUCUUCGACAAGAAGCAAUACACUUACGUGGCGGGCGCCCCGCGCUCUAAAAUGGUCGGGCAAGUUUACUUUUUCAAGAAGUACAAGACCAACGAGGAAUUGAACACGUCGCUUAUUUUGACCGGCGAACAAUUCGCCGGUAGCUUCGGCUACGAAUUACUAGCUACCGAUGUCAAUAGCGAUGGUUACGAUGAUUUAUUCGUCGCCGCUCCGUUUUAUUAUGAAGAAUUUAAGGGAGGCGCCGUGUACAUUUACUACAACUUGAAGGAUUGCAAGAGCGAUAAUUGCCGAUGGGAUAAAGUUUUGCACGGUAAACCCCAAUCGAGGUUCGGUUUCUCCAUGACUUCCUUAGGAGACAUAAACAAAGAUGGUUACAACGACAUCGCUAUAGGAGCUCCUUACGAAGAUGAACAAGGCGCUAUUUACAUCUAUUUAGGUUCCGGUAACGGCAUCAGCGACGAACCCUCGCAAGUAAUAAGGAAGAAACAAGUUAAAACGCUCGGGUAUUCUCUAAGCGGCGGUUUAGAUAUGGACGACAACGGCUAUCCGGAUCUACUAGCGGGCGCUUUCGAAUCCGACAAAGUCCUCUUGUUCAAAACCAGACCCAUCAUCGACAUAAAGAUAGUCGUACGCGGCGACGAAUUGAAGAACAUCAACGCGACGAAGAAAGGUUGCUCGUCCGCGCCGAACAACAAUUACACCUGCUUCUCGUUCAGCACGUGCUUCUCGGUGGUGGGCCGGACGCAGCGAAGCCACCGAUUCAACGUCAUCUACAAAAUCGCCGAAGAAAAGAAAAUAGUGAAUCGCGUGUGGUUCGUGGACCCCGAACACCCCGACAAGAAGUCGACGUUCAACACCAAAAUGGUGCCCGUCGACCGGUACUCGCACGAGUAUUGCCAAGUCGAAACGGUGAACAUCAAAGACGGCAUCAGCGACAUACUGUCGCCCAUAAAAUUCCGCGUCAACUACACGCUGGAGAACAACACCUUUCACGCGCCGAUACUGAACAAAACCUCGGUGAAGAUAAUCACGGCCUCGUUCCAAAAGGAAUGCGGCGCCGACGACGAAUGCGAGAGUUACCUAACGCUAGAGGCCGGCGCCGAUUUGAAGCUGGACGAAUCGGGCGCCUACAAAAUCGAGAUGAUCGACGAGCCCAUCGUGCUCGAAGCCAACGUGACGAAUACCGGCGAGUCCGCCUACGAGGCGAAGCUGUUCGUCGCGCAUCCGACGUCGCUCAGCUACGUCGGCAUCAAGAGCGAGAACAAGAACGUCACCGACGCGCUGAAGUGCUCCUACGCCAAUCAAACGCUGGUGGUGUGCGAGAUCGGCAAUCCGUUGCGCAAGAACGGUCGCGUCAACGUCGGGCUGCGCUUCGAGAUAUCGAAGAAAGCCGAUGUUCAAAGGAUCGUGCUGCGGACGUUCGUCAAUUCGACGUCGACGGAGCUGUCGGAGCGCACCGGUCAGGACGUCGUCGCCGUUUUGAAGAAGAUCGCCAAGUUCCAGGUCAGAGGGAAGGCGUCGUCGAAUCUGUUCUACGGGGGCCGGGUGAUCGGAGAGUCUGCUAUUAAACAUAUCAACGAAGUUGGGGCCAGGGUGGUGCACAAGUAUUAUAUCGACAAUAACGGGCAAUGGGAUUUGGUUAAUUUGAAGGUUUCCAUAAAAUGGCCGUUGCAAGUUUCGCCGGGCCCGGACCAUCCAGACAAACAGGGCAAAUGGCUGUUGUACCUGGACAGCGAGCCGAAGCUGUACGGAUCGAACAUAGAAGGCUACUGUUCCCUCUUGGGCGACGUAAAACCCAACGAGUUAUCCUUGAACACGUCCAAAGGUUACGACGAGCCGGAGAAUCUGAUGAUGCCGGACGGGUUCGAUGCGAACGAGGGCGAUUUCAACGCUUCGACGGGCCAUUUCCGCGCGAAAAGGAGCGCCACCUACGUGGUACCUUACGAGACCACCGAGCGGGCGGGCAAGAAGCGGAAAAUCGCGAUAAUGGACUGCGACGCGGGCACGGCCAAAUGCAUCGGCAUAUCCUGCACCAUCAGGAGAUUGGGCAAAGGACAUCAGGCGGAGAUAGACGUGACGUCGCGCAUAUGGAAUUCGACGCUGGUGGAGGAUUACAGCAACGUGGAUUGGGUGGUGAUUAGAUCGAAGGCGUUCGUCGAGUUGGAGGAUCUUUCGUACAAUAUCAGCGUCGAUACGAUGCCGCAAUUUUCCGACGAGACUAUCGCUUAUCCGGAAAUCGUUUCCGCCGAUACGGAAAUUAAUUGGUACAUAAUUGGCAUCGCCGUCGUCGUCGGUUUGAUCCUGCUGAUAUUUAUCGUCGUUAUAUUGUACAAGUGCGGUUUCUUCAAGCGAAAAAGGGUCAGUAAGGAUCCCACGCUUUCCGGUAAUUUGCAGAAGAAAGACGAAGCCGAUCACUUGUUGAAAGAGUAGAAUUUUUACGUCGAUUUAUUUUCGUACAAUCUUAAAAAAAACGGUUGCUAAAUCAUUUAGAAGGUACUUAAAAUAUGUGGUAUCACUUCCUGCAGUUUAUACGCUUGGAUUUUUGUAUUUGUAAUAGUUAUGUACUUAAGUAAUUCUUUUUAUGCGUCUAUAAAUAUAAAUUUUAUAAUGUUGUUGUCGGAAUUCAGUUUUUAGGUACAUGAUUCGUUGUUCUCGAUUUAUUAUUGAAACUAAAAGCAGCUGGUUCGUCGAACUGAUUUUGAAGGACGGGCGUUUUAUGAAUAGUUUUUACAAUUAUAUUUUUAUUUUUAAAUAUAUACAACGAUUUUAGAGAAAUUAAGUUAUUUUUGAAUAAACAUUGUAAACAAAA